CACAAAUCAACUUGAAGUAAUCGUUAGAAUAGCAUUCUUAGAAUGCUUACGAUGGCCGAUAAGUUUCCAUGAUUAUAAAUGCAACAUUCUCGAUUUUUUUGUAUACGCCACAUAAAAUUUUUACAUGUUUGAUAUAAUGCUAAGAAAAAGUAUAGAUAUGAGUAGAUGUAAACCAGAAGUAUCAUAGGUGUGAAUAAGCAAUUUGAAUCAUUCCAUGGUCAUGCAGUUCCUUUAAAUGAUAUGACUAUAAUUUUAAGAUUUUUAUAAUGCAUAUUUUAACGCAAGUAUUUCUGACGCAUUUAUUAUUUUCAUAUUUUGUAAGUGGUGGCCCAGAAGAACAACAAGGUGUUAAGUAUGCAAAUAAAUGCGAAGUUUGCAAAGUUGUUGCCACUGAAUUAGAAGCUAAAUUAGAUGAAACUGGUAAAACACAUGAUGUACUUGAAAUUGGGUAUUCCGUUGAUGAUGUUUCACCCAAGAAAAAGAAGGAAUAUAAAAAAUCAGAAUUACGUUUAGUGGAAAGUACAGAAAAUCUUUGUGAACGUAUAUUGGAAUAUAACAUUCACAAGGAACGUACGGAUAGUACACGAUUUGCUAAGGGAAUGAGUCAAACGUUUAAAACACUUCAUGGACUUGCGGAUAAAGGAGUCAAAGUAGAUCUAGGAAUUCCAUAUGAAUUAUGGGAUAAACCAUCUGUUGAAAUUACCACUUUAAAAUCACAAUGUGAAGAUUUACUUGAAAAUCAUGAAUCUGAUAUUGAAGAGUGGUAUCAUAAUCAUCAAGGAACAAUUCCAUUAACUAGGUAUUUAUGUUCAGAAAGAGUAUUGAAGGAUAAUGAUGAUUCUUGUUUGAAAGAGAAAGGUGAUACUGGUAAUGAAGUUAAAAAUAAAAAGAAGAAGAAGAAGCAAGAUUCAAAAAUUAAAAAUAAAGAGAAAGAUGUAAAAGAAGAACUGUAAUUAUUAAAAAAAAUUAUUAAUAUUAUCAAACAUUAUUAUUAUUGCUAUCAUUAUUCAUGAAUAAAAUAUUCUCUAAUUCAUAAUAAGAAGAUAAAAUGAAUAGAGAUUGGAUAUACUGAUGUAAAAAAUGCAAGUCAAAUAAUAUUUGAUGUUCUAUGAAGUCAGUUCUUUCUAAUUAAAAUUAUCAUUAAACUAUAUCUUUUUGUAUCUAAUCUAUAAAUAAUAUAAAUACUGCCACUAUUUAAUUGCUAUAAUUAUUAAUAUACUUACUUUUUAAUAAAAAUUUUACAUUCAGUAAAAAUGCAUAUUUAUUUUAACUUUAUAGCAUUGAAGAUAGCUACAUAGGGAUAAAACAUGUUUCAAAUUUAUAUUACAUUUUUAUUUCAUUUUAAUGAAUAUGUUAUUUUAUACUUGGUUUUUUCUGAUUUUUAUAAAUUUAAAAGAGUAUGAAGGUAUACUAUUAAAGGGUAAAAGAGCUCAAGAUGGUCAAUUUCCCUGGUUGAUACAGUUUCAAACAGUAGCACCAUGUGGUGGAGUACUUCUUUCACCAGAUUGGGUUUUAACCGCAGCUCAAUGUGUUCAUGAUAAGAGAAAUUCCAUUACUUUAUUUGCAACUGGAUUAAAUGGAGCUAAUUCUAAACAAACAUUACCUGUAAAAGCUACAUAUAUAUAUCCCACUUAUAAAGCUUAUUCUGUUCUUCCUGAUCGAGAUCAUAAUAUAGCUCUUUUGAAACUUACCAAGCCAUUUGACAUGUGUCAUAAUAAAAUAAUUCUACCUAAUUUUAUGUCUGUCAAAUAUGAUGAUGAUUACAAACUAUGUUUGAUAUUUGGAUGGCAAAGUUAUGUUUCAUUAUCUUCAAAAGUCCUAGCUAAGCCAAUUCUAUAUUACGAAGUAAUUCUUAAUUCUUGGAAAAUGUGUACAUAUAUGAUAAAAACAAAUAAAAAUUAUACAAAUGUAUUUUGUACAAUGGUUGAGUUUAAGGAUGAAAUGAAAGCCUGUGCUGGUAAUCCUGGUUCUCCAGUUGUAUGUGAAAAUCAAAAUCAUGAAAUAACUCUAGUUGGAAUCGCAUCAUGGACAAAUUUUUCUUUAGAAUGUGGAGAUCUUCCAACAUAUAUUGACCUUGGUGCAUUCAGGUAUAAGUUUAAGGAUAAAGUUAACAAAAUUUUCAUAAAAUUUUUAAAGUUUUGUAUAUGAAAUUAGUUUAUAUGAAAAUUAAAUUAUAAUGCAUAAUUUUUGCAAUUAGAAUAUGGAUGAAUGACUUAGUUUUUAAUAACAAGCACACAGAAGAAUGGAAAAAUAAUAAUAAAUUAAAUGAAAAACAAUGUAUAUUUAAAAAAAACACUACUGUACAUAGUUGCUUAUGGAAUCAUUCAGGUCUUUUACAGUUAGAUACAGAAAUAAGUUAUUGGCCAGGCAAAAAAGUGCAUAAUGCAUCUGAAAUGAUACAACACGAAGACAUACCUACAGAAACUAUGAAUAAAACUUACUUUUGGAAUAAAUUACAUCAGUCUAUUUCUAAAAAUCAUAAUAAUAAAAAUGCAUCUUUUUUUGAUGGUCACUACGAAACAUCUUACACAGAUAUAACAAACGAACCAAGUAACAAUAUUUAUAAGUAUAAAGAAAUUGGAAGUUUUCAAAAUAACAAUCAAAUUGUAGGAAAUUUACAAAAACAAUUUAGUGUUAGAAAUAAAUCAUUAUUAUAUAAUAAUCAACAAUUUCGUCAAAUUGUAAUAAAACAAAACGAGGAUCAAAUAGAAAUAGAUGAUUUUGAAUUGUUAUUGCCAUUUAAUUUUGAAAACAUAAAUGCUUCUUAUUCUAAUAUUGUUGUAGCAUAUCCCAAGAGACUAUAUUUAUUUUUUCAUUUUGUAUUUUGGAAUCUUUACAUUCUUAUUUAUACAUAAUACUUGGUAUUUAAAUAUACACAUGUAUUAUAUGAAAUUUUUUUACAAAAUAUACAGUUUGAUGUGAUACACUGAAUUCAAACAAACUAAAAAAUUUAUGUGUUUUGCUUAUUUCUAAACAUUGGUGGAACCCAUUUCUUUUUGCCACGAAGUUCUCUUAAACGUUGAUAUUCUUCUUUAAAAUCUUCAUGUUCAUCUCUAAAUAAUCCAUAAUUUCUUAGGUGUUUCAUUAAUAAAUCAGUUUCAACAUGUCGAGGAUAAUAGUUAACGAUUUCUGGUCGUUUGUUUACCGGUUUCUCGCUAAAUAAUUUCACUACCUUCAUAGAUUUGUUAUUCGUUGUUCUUGUUACUUCGCCAAAUAUUCGAUUACUUAAACGAUUCAUAUGUUUGGUAUAAUUGGUACCUGCUUUUGCAAGUUGUAAGUAUUUGUCCGUUUUAGAAAAGUGUAUCAUUAUUUCUUUUCUAAAUAUACUAUUUAAAUGUAUAAGGAUAUAAUAUAAUUCUUAUUAUUCGUUUCUUCUAGAAUUUUCGACUCCAGUUAUAACUAGAACUGUUCUGAUUGAAUGUAUGAAAAUACCAAGAUUUUUUAAAUG